AUGUCUGAGGCUUUGCUUCGAGAUUUCGAAUAUCCCCCAGGACGUCCAAGAGCGAGCGGCUCCUUCAUCACGGUGAACAGAGCUGUAGGCGAGGUGUCGGACAGAGGGAGCGUCCUCGUAAUCAACAAGAUCGACAUAGAGUCAGGGCAGAGAGGUGAGCGGAAGCCAACGACCAUGACGCCAGGUACAGAUGGUUUCUUCGGGCUAGGGAUUAGUAGCGAGCGAAGCUUCCUCUACACUGCGACCGGCGGGCGGUUCACACUCGGCAUCGACACGGAGAGCAGUGAUGGCCUUCGCACGGUUGGUCGUUUAGACUGGGGUGGUGUGAACAAAGAUCAGACUGACGGCGAUUUCGAGUGGAUCAAGACGAAUGCGAGCUGGACGAUCGGUAUCGAGAGCAUCGGAAUACGAGGUGGAAGCAUCGUGGGCGACAACUUGCUGCAGGCCACCAUCGACCCCGGUCUCGGUGCUAUCUAUGCUCCCUUCUCCGUUGCUAGUGACUUCUACGCUCAGGCGCAAGAGGCCAAACCCGUCAAAAACGCUGACCGUGCUCGGUGGAAGCUUCCCUGCGACCAGAAACUCAAGUUUGAGUUGAAGCUGGAAGACGGUCGAGGUUUCGGUGUACCGCCAGACCUCCUCCGGAUCAAGGAGGGAGAUAUUUGCUAUGGAGCUGUCUACGCCUGGGCCAACCACUCGACGCCGGACAACAGCGGCAAGAUCCGCCUGGGUACGCCCUUCCUUGACGAGUGGUACACGACCCGCGGCGAGCCAGGGCCGAACGGCAAGCUCAUCGGUGGUCUCAUCGGCUCCCUCGUCCCGCUCAUGCUCAUCUUCCUCGUCGUCGUGCAUGCGCGCAACACGUACACAAUACCGGCAUGGCUGGACCGGCAGUACAGGGCAAUGUACGACUGGGAGCAAGCUGCGCGGGCGCAAGCAGCCAUGAGAGCCGGUAUGGCGCCACAGCCUCUUCCGCCCAUGCCCUUUGGUGCUCGUAUGCUCCACGGCAUCCUCGGUCCGCCGCGCGAACACUUCAACCCUGCCUACAUGGAGCCGAUGAUGCACCCAAUGCGAGGCAUUACGCCCGCCCCGUUCAUGCCCCCGCCGGUGUGGCCACCUGGACAGCCGGGCAUGCCGCCUCACAUCGCUCCGGGAAUGACGGGUAUGCCUCCGCCAAUGCCGCCUCUGCAUCCCGCAAUGACUGGCAUGCCGCUGCCGAUGCAGCCGCCGCUCCACCCAGCGAUGACCGGCAUGCCGCCACCAAUGCACCCGGCACCCUUGCACCCAGCGAUGACGGGUGUGCCACCGCCCAUGCCACCACCCAUGCAACCUGGGCCGCCGCCAAUGCAGGCGGUGCAGCCCAUGCAACCGAUGAUGACCGGCGCCGUCCCAGUCCCGGUCCAACCAAUGCCGACGGGCAUCCAUCCCACAAUGCAACCCGGCCUCGUGCCGCCGCCAGGUCUCGCUCCUCUCGGCCCCCAACUCACAGGCCGUCCGCGAACAGCUGCGCCUCAGCCUAUGCCGCAGCCUAUGCCUCAGCCGCAACCCGCCCCAGCACCGAUGCCACAGCCCAUGCCGGCGCAGGCGCCAUACCCGGCAGAGUUUGGGGGCAUGCCGCCCGGGCAUAGGGCGCAUCCGAGCUGGAGUGGGAGCGCGCUCGCUGUCUCUGAACAAGCUAGGGAGCAAGCUCGGCAGGAGGUUAUCGACAUUAUGCGGCCGUAUAGUCAGGCGAUGGGACCGGGUAGGAGGUAG